AUGCCAUGGAUGCCAUGGAUUAUGAUUCUCCGGGCCUUCACUUACUUGCCAGCUGUCGGCGCAUCUUUCGUGCAUCUGGCAGCGCAGGUCCCCUGGCAGUCUUUGCCUGGCUUGGACGCCGGCUUGGAGCACGCUGCUCGAGCAGAAUACGAGCUGGGCGUGCAGGCAUGGAACUUGCGCCAGCCGGAGCAAGGUUUGGAACUGUUUCUGAGGAGUGCACAAAAGGGCCAUCAAGUGGGCGAGUGCAGGUUGCUCAUUGCGCAUGCGCGGACAUUUCUGUGUAAUGCG